CUGCUGAAAGUCACCAAAUAUUUCAACGAGGAACAAAGCUUUGGCUAAAAUAGAUAUAUACCGUUAUGCUAGCGAUUAGAAUGACGCUCACAUGAGCUCCCAGCCUCCCACUCGAUCGCGCGAGAGUCGAGUCACAUCCCAUCAUCCAUGCCCUUCUUCCUACCAUUCGUACUUGAGCUAAUCUGUACUACUCACCGACACUCACCGUGCUGCAAGAUAUAAGACAAUGCUUAGGGCCACCUACAUCCGUGGCCCAACCAUUUUCCGAUCCUUAUUCGUCUUACCUUCACUACGCUUCCCACCCCUCCGCAAUAUGUCCCACAGACCCAUCCAAACUUUGCUCAACGCCAACGAGGAGUGGGCACAAAGCGUAGUAAAGGACACACCCGACUUUUUUGCUCGGUCAGCCACCUGCCAGAAUCCCAAGAUCCUUUGGAUUGGCUGCUCUGACUCACGAGUACCGGAAUCGAUCAUCACAGCAUCUAAGCCUGGUGAUAUUUUUGUGCACAGAAACGUUGCCAACCAAUUCCACCUCCAUGAUGACAGCGCCCUCUCAGUCCUCUCAUUUGCUGUCAAAGAAAUUGGCGUUGAACACGUCGUUCUCGUCGGCCACACCAACUGCGGAGGUGCCAUGGCUUGCAUAGAAGCAGCCAAAGUCGCUGCCACUAACCCCAGCACAUCCACCCCACUCACGCGCUGGUUGAGCCCCCUUACCGCACUCGUUCGAUCUCUUGAUCUUUCCGCGUGCUCUGCGAAUGAGGCGCUGAACAAGGUCGUCGAAGCCAAUAUCAUCAAGCAGGUCGACAAUAUCUGCAAGUCGGAGCCCAUUACCACUGCCUGGGCAGACCCGCUUGCGAAGAAAGUUACUGUGCACGGAUGGAUGUACGAUCUUGCUGAGGGACGCAUCAAAGAGCUCGUCGUUCGUGACUCUCAGGCGUGACAAAAACAGAUCACGACUUGUUUAUCUUUGAUACCAGCACAAUCCCCAAGGCUUUGCGCCAAAUUCAUGGUUUUCGAUGCAUUCUUUGCUAGAUUUUCUGAAAAAUAGCUCUACAUGUCGAAGGUGUUUCUAGGAUUACGCAUAUCUCUUGCACCUUCCACACUAGUAUUGUAGGUGAGCAAUGUGUCAAAUCAUUUGGAUUUUGGAAUCGCGCCUUCGGAGCUCAAUGAUUGCGAUCUCAUUGCUGAGUAUCGUGACCAAAUUAAAAGUGCUGCGAUGGCCAAACCUCAGGGGUGCUUAAAGUGAGAAGCAUCUUGAUUGAUCUAACGCUCCGGGGCAGUGAUGAGUCUAGCAUGCAACUUGAGUAUUGCAUUGAAGCUUUAUUGCUAGAUAGGCAUCCAAGCAAUUUCUGAAAGUUUGGCUGCAAAGCCAGAAGGCAAUGUCUGGUCCUGCGGAGGAUCUUGUCCAGCGCACUUGUCUGAC